AUGCCGAAAAUGCCGAAAAUGAAUGGCUAUUUCUAUACGAAAUAUCGCCAUGCAAUGGAAGAGCUGGACCGCAAUUUCUACGAGACAACGGAGCGGCUGCGCCGUACAGGAAGUAGUGGAUUGUUCAAUUUCGUUCCUCUUCCGGAUAUUGAUACCGACCAGGAGGACAUUCAUUCGGACGGGGACGACCGUGCCGAUUUUGAAGAAGACGCGGUCGGUUGGGACGAUGCGUUCGACAUAUUCGAUGACAUGUUUUUAAUUGACUGUCUGAGAUACCUUGCUGUAUCGCAUCAGCUCCCCCGUUCGACGGUCAACAUGAUGCUGGCGAUCCUACGGAAGAAGCUUAAAUUAGAUCUUCCCAAAGAUGCGCGGACGCUUGUGAAGACAGCCACUGGGGUUGGGAGGAUUAUAACUCCCAUCCCUGGUGGUGAUUUUUGGUAUGGAGGACUUAAGCCGGUCCUGGCCCAGCAUUUGCAGAACGUCAAUCCCGGAGUGACACCUUUUUCACUGGACGUUUCAAUUGACGGGCUACCACUGCACCAUAGUGGGCCAACCGAGCUGUGGCCAAUAUUAGUGAGAGUGGUAGAGUUGCCAAAGCUGCCGGUGAUGAUGGUAGCUACAUUUAGUGCUGCCAUAUAUUGUGGAUCGUCAAAACCGGCAAGUAUCGAACACUUUCUUUGGCCUUUCGUGGAUGAGCUAAACUUUCUCAUGAAGAAUGGACUACUCAUCAAAAACAGAAUAGUAGCGAUACAAAUACGUGCCAUUAUAGCUGAUUCUCCAGCUCGUGCAUAUAUCAAAGGUAAUAUAAAACAAUUACAACAUUACAUCAACUUUCAUAUUACCUAA